AUGGUUAUCGUUUCAUCAGAUUAUACAAGAAAGUAUAUCUCAAAAAAUUACGGUGUAGAUGCGACACGGAAGGCGUUUCUAGGAUUAAUAUGGAAGGUUCGCUGUUUCUCGCUCUACGGGAUAGUCUUCAGUUCCUUUACGACAGUUGACGACAUCAUUCUUUACAUAACCACCAAUCGCGUUUGUUUAUUGAGGAGCUUUCAUAGUUAUACAUUGGCACUGGUACAGUUUGGAGGCCUUUGUGCUUGGAAGAUUGAUCGAUGCUUGAGAGUGAAUGCAAUGAGCCCUCAAACGAAGAAGAUUCACCGGCACAUGCUCUUGAUGCUCAUUUUACAGGUUUCCACGUUGUUCUUUUGA